AUGGCUAGUAAACAAUUGGGUCAAAUGAUUGAGACAUGUGAUAUAUACUCGGGAGGCCCGCAAGCAAGUGGGUCGCAGGCGCAACGCCGGCGACGCAGUUGCAUGCGCGUGCGCAUACGUAUUACGUUGCAUAACAACAACUCAUAUUUGCAACGUCAAGCUGACGAACCGUUCCACGCCAGAGCGCAGCGACAUGGUCACUUCUUCUUAAUUAAUAGCAAG